AUGCUGCGCCGCCUCGCGCCGCUGGCCCUGGCCCUCGCCGCGGCCCUCGUCGGCGUCGCGCUGCUCCGCGACGGAACCACCGCGACGACGUCCUUCGCGGCGGAGACGUACCACACCGCGGCCUUCGGCUCCGGCCACAGCCAGACCACGAAGAUGACGUGGCCCGCGACGGACCCCGUGGCCGUCGCGUCGUUCCUCCUGGGCUACCUGCCGACGACGCCCUGGCUCGUCGGCAACGAGAGCUGGGUCGACGGCGGCUGCGCGACCUGGGGCAAGGUCAUCCUCGGCAACCACAGCGACGCCGCCUUCCAGCUCCACGCGGUGUCCGCGCCCGCGCGGCCGAGCGGCGGCUUCGACGUCGCCGGCGCCGAGCGGACCUUCGCGGGCGCCGCGCGGGCCGCGCUGGCCGCCGCGGGGCCGAGCGACGCGCUCGAGACGCACGCGUCGCUCUACGCGGACGACCUGGACGCGUACGCGGCGCGCUUCGACUGCGGGGGGGUCUCCUACAAAGUCGUGCGCGCGCCGGCCGCCGACGGCACCUCCUUCACCUACUCGCUCGUCGUGCCCGUGCCGGACUCGCUCGUCGUCGUCGAGCUCGUGUCCGCGAACGCGCCCGCGGCGGUCACGGAGACCUGGCCCCUGCCGCGCUACUCCGCGGCGCUGCCGCCGCCGGGCCAUUUGGUCGGGUCCAAGUUCCGCGAGCUGCCCGCGCUCACGGCUUUGGCUGUCUCUUACGCGACCGCGGACGUCGACGCGGCCGUCGCCUUCUACCGGGACGUCCUCGGCGCGGAGACGGCGCUGGACCGCGCGGUCGGCGGCUCGCGCGUCGCCAUGCUGCGCUUCCCGUCGGACGCGCCGACGCGCGCCGUGGAGGUCCACUACAUCGCCCACGGCUCGCCGGACUGGGACGUCGGUGCGCUCGAAGACGCGCGGAUCGCGGCGCACGCGGCGGCGCUGGUCUCGGAGACGAGCGGCUUCGACCAGUGGAUGGACGGCCACAUCGGCCACCGCCUCGGCCGGUCCAACGUGCUCGACGGCUUCCUGGAGAACGCGCGCGCCGCGGAGACGCCGCACGUGCUGUUUACGGAUUACGCGUCGUCGUCCGACUCCUGGACGGACUACCUCUACCUCGUCGCCCCGGGCGGCGCGGCGGUGCAGCUCAUCCCGAGCUUCAGCGAGGUGUCGCCGAACCUCAAGGAGGAGGCCAUCGCGCUCGUGCGCGACGCCUACGUCGAGCCCGAGCGCAACCGGAACAACGGCUACCGGUGGAAGCCGGACCACAUCUUCGAGGGUGAGGAGCGCGAGCGGCGGGAGGAGGGCGGCGACCUGCGCGACGCCUACGGCGUCUGCGCCGAGGCCGCGUCCUACGCGCAGCUGCCAAUUGGCAGCGGGCAGCUGUUCCUCAACGGCUCCUUCGCCGACGGCGUCGUCUUGGACACGCACGGCGUGAGCGGCAUCAGCAACGCGGACUCGACCUUCUGCGCGUGGGUGCAAAAUUCGAACGACUACACUCUCACCUACGAUUACGAGAUAGAAUCCAAGCUCACGUACGACUCGGUGCGCAUGCUCGCGGCUGUCCUCAACUGCGUCGGCAGCGGCCAGCUCUUCCUCCUCGCGACCUCGCACCUGCUGUACUACAUGACCGUCACGUUCCGCUGUCGGGACCGCAACGCGCUGCUCUUCCUCGCAGAGCACUGGUCUCUGGGCGGCACGAAGGCCAAACAGUUCGAGCUUGCUUUGCUGGGCCUGCGCGAGGCACAGUUGGGCAACCGGCUGAAGCCGUACCUCGACCUCCGAGGCCUGCCGGAGUACGCCGUGAUGGGCGACGAGACGCGCAAGGCGGCGAUCACCGCCGUGCGCAACGUCAUGUUCUACGCGCUCAAGCAGGGCAAAGGCCGGGACGGCCAGACCUGGACCUCGACGCCCGCGGCGGUGACCUUCUACUACAACCUCGCGGUCGCCUCCGGCCGCGACUCCUUCUUCAAAAAUCUGUCGUGGUUCUUCGAGGGGGACGGCGGCGGCGGAAUUUAUUUACACGCUGAUUCUCGGAUCCGCUAUCAAUUGUCGCUCUACCAGAGCGACCAGGGAUGGUUACAGGCCAUGAGUGACGCUUUGGAGCAUUACGGCUUCCGGAAGCUCAGCAUAUUCGAUGUUCCGGAGUAUCUGGAUUACGACGAUUUCAAACCGAGGACGAAAAAGGCGUUCCGAGCGCAGUUAUCAUCUGAAUGCUCUCGCCUCGCGACCGCGCUCUUCCGCUGCUACGAGGAAGCCGGGGCCGCGGAUUUCCGCAAGGCGUCGAUCCUGCGGAUCAUGAUGGACAACGAGCAUCCGAACCAGACUGCGCUCGACCAGUUCCGAGCGCUCUAG